UUUAAAUCAAUUUAAAUUAACUCAAAAAAUAUUAACUAAAAAAAAAAGAGCUUAGUUUUGGCGACCAAAUCGCCAUUGUCUUCUCAUGAUUUGUUUUUAUUACUUGAUGUGUACAAUGAUCAAUGAUGUCAGGGCAAGAGGGUCAUAACAAAGACAUUGUUUUGUGGAAGCAAAAAGUUGUUGAGUUGUGUUGUAAUUUGCAAAUGGAAGAGAUGAAUGAUGGAGAGGCAUUGUUGAAGAAAAAAUACUAUGAGAAUUGUCCUGGUUGUAAGGUGGACAAAGCAAAAGAGCUCAAAACUGAUGUUUCAUUUCGAAAUCUCUUGAAUAUAUGGAUGGUUGUUCUAUGUAGCGCUUUGCCUAUAUCAUCUCUCCUUCCUUACCAAUAUUUCAUGAUAAGAGAUUUCAAUAUUGCAGAAAGAGAAGAGGAUAUAAAUGCUUAUGCUGGUUAUGUAGGAUCUGCAUUCAUGCUUGGAAGAUCUUUGACAUCUAUACCGUGGGGAAUAGUAGCAGAUCGUUAUGGUAGAAAACCUGUUGCGAUUGUAGGGAUUAUCUCAGUUAUCAUUUUCAACACACUAUUUGGCCUUAGCACAAGUUUUUGGAUGGCUGUGUCUACGCGAUUUUUCCUUGGAAGUUUAAAUGGUUUGCUUGGACCAAUGAAGGCUUACUGUUCCGAAAUUUUUCGAGAAGAAAAGCAAGCUCUUGGACUGUCAACUUUCAGUGCAGCAUGGGGGAUGGGUUUAAUAAUUGGACCAGCAUUGGGAGGUUAUUUGGCUCAGCCAACAAAGAAAUAUCCACAUAUAUUUUCAAAGGGUUCCUUUUGGGAUAAGUUUCCAUAUUUCUUGCCUUCGGUUAUAAUAUCAGCUUUUGCGGUUGCGGUUGCAAUUGCCUGCAUCUGGCUUCCGGAAACGCUGCACAACCAUCCUCUUGGCGAUCAGUCCACUAAGGAUGUUGAAGCUUUACUUGGCGAUCAGUCCACUAAUGAUGUUGAAGCUUUAGAAACUGGAAGCAAAAGGAAAGACAGAGACAAGAUAAUCCAAAAAGAUGAAAACCUCUUCCGAAACUGGCCUUUAAUGUCAUCUAUAGUUGUAUACUGCAUUUUCUCACUUCAUGAUAUUGCUUAUCAAGAGGUCUUCUCAUUAUGGGCUGUUAGUCCUAGAAGGUUGGGCGGUUUGAACUUUACAACCGAUAAUGUUGGUGAUGUUCUCGCAAUAUCAGGUUUUUCUCUUAUUGUUUACCAGCUUUGCAUAUACCCAUCAUUGGAAAGAGCUUUUGGCCCUGUAAGAUUUGCUCGCGUCUCCGGGGUUCUAUCUAUACCUCUUCUGCAAAGUUAUCCCUUCAUAGCAAUGCUAUCAGGCAUCACACAGUACCUAGUGAUUAAUAUUGCAUCCCUUCUAAAGAAUCUUCUAAGGGUGACUAUAAUCACUGGUUUAUUUCUUAUACAAAAUAGAGCAGUGGAACAACAUCAAAGAGGGGCAGCUAAUGGUAUUGCCAUGACUGGUAUGUCUAUAUUCAAAACAAUUGGUCCAGCCGGUGGCGGUGCAUUAUUAGCUUGGUCACAAAAACGGAUGCAUGCAUUUUUCCUCCCAGGCACUCAUAUGGUUUUCUUUAUCCUGAAUGUUGCUGGAGGACUUGGAGUGCUAUUGAUGUUUACACCAUUUUUGACUGAAAAGAAGAAAACGCCGUCUAAGCAGUUACACUAACUUAGAUGAAUUUUUUAAGGGAUGAAGCAUCUCAAGGGUCCAAUGGUGAAGUAGUUAUCAUAUUCAUUAGGUUAGAGAUUAGUGUUUGUUCACGUAUGUAAACACAAGAUAAUUGCAUCAGAGGAGCUGCUCUCUGAAAUGUUUUAGGAGAAAUUUCAAGAGCACUCUGAAAAUGAAUAAGAUAGAAUACAUUGUUUGCCCUAGAAUGAAUUGGUCCCCCUUUGUUUCAUAAGUGUCUCCUUUUAUAGUCUAUCCCUUCUUGACCUAAUGAGCCUCUCCUUGGACCUCCAGGCUGCUAAUAAGGGAAUGAUUUGGUUUUCUUUAAUUGUAUAUAUCCAUUCCUAGAAUAGACUAGAAAAUCAGGCAUUAAAUAUUUGUAAUCAA